AUGGUGAGGAGUCGGAACCCAUCUGGCUCUCCUCGUCCACGCUCAAUGAAGAAAGUCCACUUUAUUAAGAACAUGAGGCAGUACGACACCAGGGGCAGCAGGAUCGUGCUUAUCUGCGCCAAAAGGUCUUUGUGUGCCGCCUUCUCUGUGCUGCCUUAUGGAGAGAGCUUCCAUAUCAGUGACCCUCAUCUGGAUGCUCAGCGGCGGAGGCACUCAUCUGGAGGAAUAUCCACCACCCUAGAGAUGCUUCCCGGGCUGGAGGGGGUGGAGCUGGGCAUGUACGGCAGGACGGUGUCGUACGCUCAGUUCCUGUACCCCACUAACGCUCUGGACCACCACAAGCCCGCAGUGGAUCUCGCUCUACCCAUGCCGUAUUCCAGAAACAGCAUCCCUUGCAGUUAUCCUCCCUCUCGCCUCAACAGCACUGUCGGCCUGGACCUGGGUGUUGAAGACCCUGACUAUGACCCUAAUAUGCUCAGUGACCCACGGUGGCCAUGUGGAAAACACAAAAGAGUGCUCAUCUUUGCCUCUUACAUGACAACAGUAAUAGAGUAUGUCAAACCGUCAGAUCUGAAGAAGGACAUGAAUGAGACCUUUAAGGAAAAAUUCCCCCACAUAAAACUCACACUGAGCAAAAUCAGAAGUUUGAAGAGGGAAAUCCAUUCGGUAGGAGAGGAGUCUUCCUUGCAGCCGGUCACCAUAGCCAUGGCAUUUGUGUACUUUGAGAAGCUGGUCCUACAGGGGCGUCUCAACAAGCAGAACAGGAAGCUGGUGGCGGCCGCGUGCAUUCUACUCGCUGCCAAGAUCAGCAGCGACCUGAAGAAACAAGAGGUCAAGCAACUGAUCGACAAACUAGAGGAGAGGUUCCGGAUUAGCCGUCGAGAGCUGAUUGCUUUAGAGUUCACUAUCUUGGUGGCUCUGGAAAUGGCACUUUACCUACCGGAGAGUAAAGUCAUGCCCCACUACCGCAGACUGGUGCAGCAGACCUGACGUGGGUAGAGCGGAGGGCUCAGGAACGUUGUGAAUAUGCAGAUGAGAUGCGUAAAGCAGUCAAAAGUGUGGGACUCUGCGUUCCCUCCAUUGCAGUUUGAGGUAACCGAGCGAAUACAUAUCAACACGAAGCUCUAAGGAAGAACUGACGUUCCAAAUGAUGCUUUAUAUAGCAAUCUGGCCAGCGGCUUUUCUUUUCAUGGCUGUCUGUUUUUGUGACCACCAUGGGAAUACUGCUGAGGAAAACCGCACGGAUCUUCUUUUAUUGAAAACAGAAGGUUUUAAGACUCAAAUGACAAGGGAGAAGCUUUAACUCCUGCUACUUCACUUGUGUGCAUGCAUGUUUGUAACAUUCCGUAUCUAUUUACCAUAAAUAACUUCUAUUUUAGACCUCUCCUUUUGUAUAGAACAACCUACCAUUCACUGUAUCACUAAAGCACUUUAAAACAAAACAAAAAAAACAACUAUGCAUGUAAACGUUAUGCAAUAAUAAUAUAGUCAUUAGCACAGAUCACAUAAUAUACUGUAUAUGCACUUACUUUAGUAGCGUACUCAGAAAGUGUUAUUGAGUGACUGACUAAAUCUACCUUAGUAUUCAGACCUAUUAUGUUCACUGUCGUUGAUAAGGCUUGAUUUUACUGUGACGAGUGCUCUAUAUUAGAGCUGAUUUCAAGAAAAGCACAUUUUCAGUGCUGCCGUGGUAUUCUCACGGUUUCUUUUUUUUAUAGAAUUUUUUAAAAAUCCUCUUUUAAAUUCCACAGAAGAAAGUCAUGAUGCAAAUGUGUAAAAGAUGACAGGUUUUUUAUUUUUAGGUGAACUAUUCUUAUAAGACACAUGGUAUUAAUGUAUGUGCACAC